GUCUGGGUCCGAUGGAGAUAGAUGGAUGGAUGAAAUGGGAUAGAGAUAAUGGUUGUUUGCUAGCAGACAUUUUCUACCACCAUAUUCCCCUCAUCUUGCUUUCACAGAUUCUUGUUGCACAGUGUCCAUAUUAAUCAAAAUUUUUUCCUUUUCUUUUUUUCUUUUUUUCUCUUUCUUCUUAGAUGCUUUUUUUUCUCCAUCUCUUUUCUUUUCUUGUAGUGGGAGCAUUUAUUUACUGCAGCAAUCAUUAAUCUUUCAAACUUAUUAUUACCUCGGUUCUUGUUUUUGUUGUCUUCAGCUCCAGUACUUGCCUCAUUCCAGAGUCAAACUCACUUGUCGGAUUACUUUUCAUUUUCUUAAAAACACAAUCUUUACUUCUCCAAGAUUCUCGUUUUGAGGGUUUUACUUGAAGAUUUGAUUGUUGUUGUUAACAAGACUAUCUUUCUUUCCUUGGUUCUGGUUUGAGCAUUUCUUGUUUGUUAGCUACCAGGAUAGAAAUCAAAAUUCCGUUUGUAUUUCAACCCCUCCAAAAAAAAAGAAGAAAAAAAGUUGGUAUCUUUGGUGAUUCCUUGAUUCUUCCUGUGGUGGGAGUGUUUGGGAAUUUCUUAUCUCCUUCAAUUCCUGGUCUUUUUAUUUUAGUUUGAAGUUUGUUUGAAGCAGUAUAGUUGGAUAAGAAGCAUUAUUUGUCUGUAAGCAGCCUCACAUGAAUCCUUGUCUAUUUUUGGGCCGAUUUUUUUGAGGUAAAAAGAUGAGAUUUGGUGAUGGUGGAUUUACCUGUGAAAGUUUGUUGAAAUUUGUGUAGGGAUAUAAAUGAAUUUACUUCAUGUAAUUGGGAAUCUUGUUUUAGUGGUGUGCUGCUGGUUUCUGUCUCUAAUAUCUUUAAAUUGGGUAAGUAAUGGAGGAAUCAUGACUGUGAAGAGCGGUUUGAUUGGGGGUGAUGGGGGCCAAAUAUGGAUGAAAUUGUGGGAUCAGAUAUCAGUGUUUGGUUGUAAGAUCCAGCAUCAUUAUUCUCAGUAUAUUGGGCCUAAGAAAUUGAGGAAGAAUUGGUGGAGGAAGCUUCUGAUAGCAUGGAUAUUAUGCGGGAUAAUUUUAUCAUUGUCUGUAUUUUGGUACAUGAGCUCACUAGCUCUGGAUAAAAGAAAAGAGACACUUGCUAGUAUGUGUGAUGAGAGAGCUAGGAUGUUGCAAGAUCAGUUCAAUGUUAGCAUGAACCAUAUUCAGGCUAUGUCUGUCAUCGUCUCCAUUUUUCACCACGACAAGAACCCCUCUGCUAUUGAUCAGACAACUUUUGCUAGAUAUACGGAACGUACAUCGUUCGAGAGACCUCUUACGAGCGGAGUAGCAUAUGCUGUGAGGGUGCUCCAUAGUGAAAGGGAGCAAUUUGAGAUACAACAAGGAUGGACUAUUAAGAGAAUGGAUGAACAAACACCCGUUCAUGAAGAUGAAUAUGAUCCCGCCGAUCUCGAGACUUCACCUGCACAUGACGAAUAUGCCCCUGUUAUCUUCGCUCAAGAUACCGUUGCUCAUGUCAUUUCUGUUGAUGUCCUCUCAGGAAAGGAGGAUCGAGACAAUGUUUUGCGUGCAAGAGAAUCGGGAAAGGGGGUCCUCACUGCUCCAUUCAGGUUAUUGAAAACAAAUCGAUUGGGGGUGAUUCUGACUUUUGCUGUAUACAAGAGAGAACUCCCUCCUAAUGCAACCCCUGCUGAAAGAAUUCAAGAGACUGCGGGGUAUCUUGGAGGGAUCUUCGACAUUGAAUCACUUGUAGAGAAACUGCUUCAACAGCUUGCUAGUAAACAAACUAUUAUAGUGAAUGUGUAUGAUACAACGAAUUUCUCCGAUCCUAUAAGCAUGUAUGGUUCAAACACGUCUUCUGAUGGGAUGCACCAUGUCAGUGCUCUUAACUUUGGGGAUCCUAUCCGAAAGCAUGAGAUGCAUUGCAGAUUCAAGCAAAAGCAACCAUGGCAAUGGGUUGCAAUAACUACAUCGGUUGGCAUACUUAUAAUUUCGUUGCUCGUGGGGCAUAUAUUCCAUGCUACGGUGAAUCGAAUAGCCAAAGUUGAGGACGAUUAUAAUCACAUGAUGGAACUAAAGAAACGUGCUGAGGCAGCUGAUAUUGCAAAGUCUAAGUUUCUUGCUACCGUUUCGCAUGAAAUCAGAACCCCGAUGAAUGGUGUUCUUGGAAUGUUGCAAAUGCUAAUGGAUACACGACUAGACGAAACUCAACAAGAUUAUGUGAGAACUGCAAGGGAGAGUGGUAAAGCUCUCGUUUCACUCAUAAAUGAUGUUUUGGACCAAGCUAAGAUUGAAUCUGGUAAACUCGAGCUCGAAGAAGUUAGCUUUGAUUUGAGGGCUGUUAUAGAUGAUGUUUUAUCUAUGUUUCUUGGAAAGUCACAAGAUAAAAAAGUCGAGUUGGCAGUUUAUGUGUCUAGUAAAGUCCCCGCUACAUUGGUUGGUGAUCCUGGAAGAUUCCGCCAGAUUGUUACAAACCUCGUCGGCAACUCAAUUAAAUUCACGGAUAAAGGACACAUAUUUGUGACGGUACAUCUCGUUGAAGAAGCUUCGGAAAUGGAAUUCGAGAGAGACGAGUCCUUGAGCGGGUUGCCAGUUGUUGACAGAAGACGAAGCUGGUCCAAGUUCCGAUCUUUCAAUCAAGAAUCACCCGCCACGUCAUCAUCAUCCUCGGACCAAAUAAACAUCAUGGUAUCAGUUGAAGACACUGGUCAGGGAAUCCCUACGGAAGCUCAUUCCUCUGUAUUCAACCCCUUUAUGCAAGUGGGCCCCUCAAUCACACGCACCCACGGCGGCACAGGCAUCGGCCUCAGCAUUAGCCAGUGCUUGGUCCACCUCAUGAAAGGUGAAAUCGGUCUUGCCAGCUCACCCCAUAUUGGCUCCACCUUCACAUUCACAGCUGUCUUCAGUAAUAUCAACGGUCAACAACAAGUCAACGGCUCUAUUUCUUCCUCCGAGUUUCAGGGGAUGAGAGCUCUUCUGGUGGACCCCAAGAAGAUCCGUGCUAAGGUCUCUAAAUACCACAUCGAACGCCUUGGAAUCCACGUUGAAGUGGUUCCGGAUCUCAGCCUAGGCUUAACAAACACCCCUACAGUAAACAUGGUUUUCAUUGAAGAAGAAAUAUGGGAUUGUAAGAAUGUAGGAAACCCUAAAAUGUUGAUUCUGUCUAAUUCUUGUUCUUCGGAUUCCGCGCGGUCUCCGUUUGCGAUAACGAAACCACUGAGGGUGAGUAAGCUGGCUGCAUCCCUACAGCGUGCCAUGGGGAUGAGUAGCGGAGGAAACAAUCUCAGCAGAGAGAUACACGCAUUGUCCCUGAGAAAUCUCCUUCACGGUAGAAAGAUACUAGUGGUGGACGACAAUCCGGUGAACCUCAGAGUGGCGGCAGGCGCACUGAAAAAGUACGGUGCAGAUGUGGUCCAUGCGGAGCGGGGUGCAAAAGCCAUCACUUUGCUGACUCCACCCCAUCUUUUCGAUGCUUGUUUUAUGGAUAUUCAGAUGCCAGAAAUGGACGGGUUCGAAGCGACAGAGAGAAUUAGAAAGAUAGAAUUGGGGAUCAAGAAUGGGAUCGAAGAUGGAGAACUCUCUGUAGAAGCUUAUGGGAAUGUAUCGAAUUGGCAUGUUCCGAUUUUGGCAAUGACAGCUGAUGUCAUACAGGCCACUAACGAGGCGUGCGCCAGGAGUGGAAUGGACGGUUAUGUAUCGAAACCGUUUGAGGCUGAGCAGCUUUAUAGGGAAGUUUCGAGGGUUUUUCAGACAAUGUCCGAUGAAAGUCACUAGAAAUAAGUAAGUUUCUAGUCUGACGAUGCAUGCAAAAGAAUUGCCCCUUCUUUCCAGAGUUUUCGAAUUGGUUGUGCAUAUUAAUCCCAAUUGAACGCGUUUUUUUUUUUCCUUUUCUGGUCGGUGAAAAAGAGAUUUGUAUAUAUAAAGGUGAAGAUUCUUUGUGGAGAUUUAUUGAAAAGAGUGUGCAGUAGUAGAUAUGAUGGGGGAAGAAUUGGAUAUAUAGAUUAGUUUUUUCAUCUAUCUUUGUAAUGAACCAAAGUUGCGGUGGUGGGGGAGGAGACGGUUAAUUGUUUUACGGUACCACCGGUGGAAGUUUUCGUUUAUUUGUAUGAUAUGAAGAUGAUGAUAGCAGUUAGAUAUACACAAGAAUGUAAAAUGGUAUUAUUGGGAUAAUUUAGGAUUUUGUAUCAUAUUAGUAUAUAAUAUGUUUUGGAGCUUGAAUAAAAGGAGUUGACUGGGGUCGUUCCAAUUUGUAGAGUCAAA